CUUUAUUUGUCUCUGUACUCGUAUUUUUAAAGCAACAAAACUCUCCACUCUCUUCUUGCCCUCAUUAAAGGACCAGACUUUAUAAUUCUGCAUAAACGGAGAUCUCUGUUCCCUUGAGUUCAUUUUAUUCAGGAAAAUGAGGAACUCCUCAGUUACAGAGCCCGACUCGCACCCGAUGAAUGCAGGAGACGGAAACUACAGCUACCACAAGAACUCUUACUUCCAGAAAGCAGCCACAAGUGUCACCAAGGAAAAGAUCGACGAGGCAAUUGCCACCGUGCUUGACAUCACACGGUUUUCCACGGAGGCACUGGCCUCGUUCACAAUCGCUGACUUGGGCUGCUCCGUGGGACCAAACACCUUCAUAGUCGUGCAAAACAUCAUCGAGGCUGUCCGGUGCAAGUACGGGUCUCAAGUACCCGAUUUCCAAGUGUUCUUCAAUGACCAUACUGCCAAUGACUUUAACACCCUCUUUACCUCCUUUCCCCCGGAGAAGAAUUACUAUGCCGCAGGAGUCCCAGGGUCCUUCCAUGGCCGAUUAUUCCCCGAGUCGUCCCUCCAUUUCGUGCACUCUUCCUAUGCAAUCCAUUGGCUCUCAAGGGUGCCCAAGGAGCUGCUCGAUGAGGGCUCGCCUGCAUGGAACAAAGGGAGGAUCCACUACACCAGUGCCCCGGAGAAUGUGGGGGAUGCCUAUAAGUCCCAGUUUGCGAAGGACAUGCGAGAUUUCUUCAACGCUCGGGGGAAAGAGAUUGUGAGCGGAGGGUUAAUGGCACUGAUCAUGCCGGGAACUCAGGACGGGGUUCCCCAUUCCCAAGUUCCAUCGGGUGUCAAUUACGAUCUUCUCGGCUUUAGCCUAAUGGAUAUGGCAAAGGAGGGGAUAAUAAGGGAAUCCGAUGUGGACUCGUUCAACUUGCCCGUGUAUGCACCCACUCCUCAGGAAAUGACAGAACUAGUCAAUGCCAACGGAUGCUUUGGUAUCGAGCGGAUGGAACUAACAGCUCCAAGAUCAAAGAUCAAAGGAUUGAUCGAUGGGCAGGCGUGUAUGAUGCAUCUGAGAGCUGGCAUGGAAGGGAUCAUCAGCAAGCAUUUCGGUAGUGAGAUCAUAGAUGAACUGUUCGAUCGGUUUCUGAAGAAAGCGGAUGAUGAAUUCGCUGAACGGCUCGAAGCGAGCUUCCAGAAUAGCACUCAGCUGCUAGUUGUUCUCAAACGCAAAUAAAGGGCUUCUGUACGCUUCGGUCCACUUGCCAAGACCUGCCGAAUAAUUUAAUGAAAUCAUAAUAGCCGAUAAUAAAUCUCUCUUAGAAGACGUGAUUCGUCAAAUUCAUGUGUCAUUUUUUUUUUUCGGUGAUCUAUGCAUGUGUCAUUUGUGAUAGACUAUUCAUGUAUCAGUGCAUGUAUGCAUGUAUAUGAUACGCGUUUUCUCAAUAA